AUGCAGGCUAUUGUGUGGGUCUUGGCUGGGGCUGCCGCCCUACUCAUCCUCUUCAUUCGAGCAGCCUUAACCUAUGGACAUCGCACCUCUAAUAUGCCCCUGGGCCCACCAACUCUCCCAUUUAUUGGCAAUGCUCACCUAAUACCGAAGUCUUACACGCACAUUCAACUCACUGAAUGGGCCCGCAAAUAUGGCGGCCUAUACAUGCUCAAAGUGGGCAAUAGCAACAUUGCUGUGGUCACCGAUAGACGAAUUGUGAAAGAAGUCAUUGACAGCAAGAGCGCAAUCUACAGUCACCGGCCACAUUCUUAUGUCUCGCAUGAACUCAUCACCAAAGGUGAUCAUCUGCUGGUGAUGCACUAUGGACCGCAAUGGCGUACUUUCCGUCGAUUGGUGCAUCAGCAUUUGAUGGAGUCGAUGGUGGAUAGUAUGCAUUUGCCUGUUGUCAAUGCAGAAGCAAUUCAGUUGGUGAGGGACUAUAUGCUUGAUCCGGGUCACCAUAUGGCUCAUCCAAAGCGGUAUAGCAACAGUAUUACAAAUUCGAUUGGUCUGUCCACCUUGCCACUGCUAAUUGCUCUCUGGUCAGUUAUACUAAAAUAUAUAUUUUUAGUCUUUGGGAUUCGCACCGCCGAUCGCCAAGGCAACAAUAUGAAUCGACUCUACAAACUCAUGGAAGAAUGGUCCGAGAUCAUGGAAACCGGCGCCACGCCUCCGGUCGACAUCUUCCCUUGGUUAAAGAACAUACCCGAGCGUUUCUUCGGCAACUAUGUGAGCCGAGCACGCGCGAUUGGUGUCCAGAUGGAAACAUUGUACGAAGAUAUUCUCCUCAAGGUGGAGAAACGUCGCGAAUCUGGUGAGGAUCUCGGUACCUUCAUGGAUCGGGUUAUCUCGGCGCAACAUCGUAAUGAGCUUCCGCGGCAUCAGUUGGCAUUUAUUGGGGGAGUUUUGAUGGAAGGUGGAUCCGAUACUACUUCAAGCUUGACGUUGGCAAUUGUGCAGGCGCUGAUUCAGAACCCGGAUGUCCAACGCAAGGCUCAUGCGGAGAUCGAUGCUAUUGUUGGGCAUGGUCGAUCGCCGGUUUGGAAUGAUCUGGCACAAUUGCCUUAUAUCAACAUGAUCGUUAAGGAAGGUCAUCGCUGGCGUCCGAUUCUACCUUUGUGCUUUCCUCAUGCACUAGGCGAAGACGACUGGAUAGAUGGGAAGUUCCUCCCCAAGGGCACCAUAGUCGUCAUCAACACCUGGGGUCUGCACAUGGAUCCCAAACAAGAACAUGACCCUGCCGCCUUCAUUCCCGAAAGAUUCGCCAACCACACCUCCCUAGCCCCAGAGUACGUCCCGGCCAAAUGGGAGAACCGUGAUCACUACGGUUACGGUGUUAGUCGACGUAUUUGCCCCGGGAUCCACUUGGCUGAGCGAAACAUGUUACUAGCGAUCGCAAAGCUUCUGUGGGCGUUCGAGUUCCAGCCGGGAGAUGCAGGUGAGCCAAAUGAUAGCGACCCAGUGGCGGGGUAUCAGCAUGGGUUCUUGUAUUGCGCAAAGCCGUAUGGGUGUCAUCCGGUGGUCAGAAGUGAGGUCAUCCGACAGACCAUUGAGAGCGAGUUUGCUGUUGCGCAGCGGGAUGUGUUUUCCACUUUUACUGAGGGCUAA